UCACUAGGGUAGUGAACACAAAACAACAACACUGAGAGUGAGUGAGUCACCGUUAUAAAUUUUAUGCUUCUUCACCAAUUUUUCAAACUCAGAACCAUAGCCAGAAAUUCCCAAUCUCCUUUUUCAUCUCUUUCAAUUUCACUUUCUUCAUCUUCUCCCAUGGCCGCCGCCGCCGCAUCCUCCGAAGAUUCGCUCCGCAAAGCCCUCGCCGACAAGCAAUCUGCCGUCGACGCCCAGGGCAACGCCGUUCGCGCUCUCAAGGCCGCAUCCGCCGCCAAGCCCGACAUCGACGCCGCCAUCGCAGCUCUCAACGCUCUCAAGCUCGAGAAGUCCUCCAUCGAACGCUCCCUCCAGUCUAUCCUCUCUGUUGCCGACACCCGAGAAAGCUUCCGCCAUGCUGUGACCAAUACCCUCGAACGCCGCUUCUUCUACAUCCCCACUGCCAAAAUCUACGGCGGCGUUGCUGGUCUGUACGACUACGGUCCUCCUGGUUGCGAUGUCAAGCUCAACGUCCUCUCCUUCUGGCGUAAGCAUUUCGUUAGGGAGGAGCAAAUGUUGGAGAUGGACUGUCCCUGCGUGACGCCAGAGGAAGUGCUGAAGGCGUCCGGCCAUGUUGAGAAGUUCACUGAUCUCAUGGUGAAGGACACCAAGACUAACAAUUGCUUCCGUGCCGAUCACUUGCUCAAGGACUAUUGUAAUGAAAAGCUCCAGAAGGACCUUACAUUGUCUCCUGAAAAGGUCGCGGAGCUCAAGAAUGUGCUGGCCUUGUUGGAUGAUUUCUCUCCUGAAGAGCUCGGCGCUAAGAUUAAGGAGUAUGGGAUCACUGCCCCUGACACCCAGAAUCCCCUCUCUGAUCCUUACCCUUUCAAUUUGAUGUUCCAAACUAAAAUUGGUCCUUCUGGCUUGCAGACUGGGUAUUUGCGUCCUGAAACUGCACAGGGCAUAUUUGUCAACUUCAGGGACUUGUAUUAUUGCAAUGGAAACAAGCUACCUUUUGCUGCUGCCCAAGUUGGGCAAGCUUUUAGAAAUGAGAUUGCUCCUCGUCAAGGCCUUCUCAGAGUUCGAGAAUUCACACUGGCAGAAAUUGAGCACUUUGUUGAUCCAGAAGACAAGUCCCAUCCAAAGUUCGCAGAAGUUGCUGACUUGGAGUUUUUAAUGUUCCCAAGGGAGGAACAAGUGUCUGGUCAGUCUGCAAAGCGAAUUCGUUUGGGUGAAGCUGUUUCCAAGGGUAUUGUCAAUAAUGAGACUCUUGGUUAUUUCAUCGGGAGAGUAUAUCUUUUCUUGACGCGUCUUGGUAUUGACAAAGACCGCUUAAGAUUUAGGCAACAUCUUGCCAAUGAGAUGGCCCAUUAUGCUGCUGACUGCUGGGAUGCGGAGAUCGAGUGUUCCUAUGGUUGGAUUGAGUGUGUUGGCAUUGCUGAUAGAUCUGCAUAUGAUUUGCGUGCUCACUCGGAGAAAAGCAAGGUUGCACUUGUGGCUCAGGAAAAAUUUCUAGAACCCAAGGAAGUGGAGAAAUUAGUUAUAACUCCAAGUAAGAAAGAGAUAGGUCUAGCAUUUAAGGGGGAACAGAAGAAGGUGCUUGAAGCACUUGAGGCAAUGCGUGAGAAAGAAGCUUUGGAUAUGAAGGCUGCUCUGGAAUCAAAAGGGGAGGUGGAGUUUGAAGUGUGUCAGCUUAAGAAAACUGUGACCAUUAAUAAGAAAAUGGUGACGAUUCAAAAGGAGAAAAAGAUAGAGCAUCAGCGAGUUUUUACACCAUCUGUGAUUGAACCAUCCUUUGGCAUUGGAAGGAUAAUUUAUUGCCUCUAUGAGCACAGUUUCUACAUGAGACCAAGUAAAGCUGGAGAUGAAGAGUUACGUGUAUUUCGCUUCCCUGCACUAGUAGCUCCUAUUAAGUGCACAGUGUUCCCUCUGGUUCAGAAUCAGACAUUUGAAGCAGUUUCUAAACUCAUUUCCAAGUCAUUGACCGCAGCUGAUGUUUCACAUAAGGUUGACAUUACAGGUACAUCUAUUGGAAAACGAUACGCAAGAACAGAUGAACUUGGUGUGCCCUUUGCUAUCACUGUGGAUUCAGAAUCAUCAGUGACUAUUCGAGAGAGGGACAGCAAGGAUCAAGUGCGUGUUGAUGUGGAAAAAGCUGCCUCUGUUGUCAAGGAGUUAACUGAGGGUCAGAGCACAUGGGCAGAUGUGUGGUCAAAUUUUCCCCACCAUUCCUCUGCAGCUGCAGAAGAUUGAAUUUUAAUCAAAUCAUCAUGUUGAUUUAUUGACCUUGUUAUGGUUUUCAGAUACAAAAUUUUUGUGUGAUGUUAUGAGCAAUGAAUUGAACUACACGGAUAUUACUAAUCAUCAACUAGAUACCUUUUUUAUUUGAAUGAAGUUUAUCACAUAUGGCCAA